AUGCUAGAGUUAUUGAUUGAAGGCCAUUAAAUUGCAGAAAGUCUCCAAUUCAAUAGGGACUAAAAUGACGUUGAUGUGAUUUUUGAUUAGCUUGUGAAUAAUCCUAAUAUUUCAGAAUAAAUCAAGAAACAAUUGUUUUUUAUGCAAAGCGACUAGGACAUAGAGUAAGAAAUGAAUAAAUAUAAAAAGCUGUUUGAAGAGAGGGAAACGGAACUAAGGAUACUUAAGAGGGAAAGAGACGAAUACUUGACUUAGAAAGUUGAACUUGUCCUAGAAAAUAAAUAGCUUAAGCAGGGAGAAAGUCAGAAUCAUCAACUGAAUAAUAAUUCUCAUGAGCAUAACUAAAUUCCAGAUAGUCAAUCUAAAUUCAACAAAUUUAUUCCAAAUAUUUUCAGUGCCAAGAAACCAACUGUAUCAGAAUAGAGAGCAAUUAACUAGAAUCAUAUUCUGAAAUAAACUUAGGCUUAGCCAAGAGUGAUUGAUGAGCAAUUUGAAAACGAAUAAAAGGAAGUAAUAAAAAUAAUGCAAGAUUAAAUUCAAGUUAAAAUAUUUGAAAUAAAAGACCUCUAAAAGGUAAAUGACUCUAUCAAUAUUGAAAUGGGUAGGAUUAAGGGACUACUUGCAAAGGAAAAGGAAAAGAGCGAGGAUCUCUAGACUGACUUGGAAAUUUUAGAACUUAAAAUGAAGAAAUUAGAUGAAAUGCUACUUCAGAGAGAAUCAGAAGUUUCUAAUCUUAAAUUAGAACUGCAAAAGGUAAGGAUGACAUCUGAAUCAGAAAUUAAAAAGUUAAAAAAGGCAUAAAUGACCUCUAUUAAUUCAACUAAUAAUAACUUGACUACACUGGGCAGCGGUGAUAUAUCAGCAAGAGCCAAUAACCAAGAGAGAGCAGGUACCUAAAGAACAUUGAAUCAAUCAAACUUAUCUAUGUCUAAUGAUCCAUACAACAGUUCUAGAACCCCUAAUCUUGACUAAAGUGUAUUAGUUGACUAUAAUAAUACUUUGAACUCUCAAAGAGAAUAAAAUAUCUCCAAACCCCCUAUGAUAUAAAAUUAGAAAUCUGGAUUUAGUUCUCACAGCAAAAAAGACCAGAACAAUAGCUCCAUUUUAAAUGGCAGCAACGAAAAUCCAUUUGAUUAAUCAACUAAUUCCGUUCAUACGAAGGAAAAGACAUCAUUUUUUGCUGGAGCACUCUAAAAGACUAAGUUAUUUGGUCAGAAAGCAGCUAACUUGACUGGCAGAAAAUCAACUAUAAAUUUAAAUAGUAGCUGA